AAUGCUUAACAGAAACGAACCAUAGAGUGAUUGUAUAAUAUGUCAAUCAUGGACACAUGUUUUCAGUCACAGAGAGGUCUUUCAAGCUGAUGCAUGCUUUUGUCUUCAUCAACCACAAGAUAUUCUAUUUAAUUGUCCAAGGCAAGCACCACAAAAAACAACAAACAAUAAAAGCAUGCAGGGUAGGGUCUGUUACAGUAAAAUAAGACAAAAUUGAAGCCAUUUCUGGGUUCAUCUCACAAAUGUUUAUUUAGGAAGAAAAAAAACCAAACAGAGAACCAAAACGGUAACAUCUCCACUUCCGAAGAUGUCUAACGCCCUCAACUUCAACCCCUUUAAGAAGCAUUUGCUAGUAAUGUUCACCAUGGUUCUCUCUAUCCCCUUCAGUGUUCAAUCUCAAGACAGGGAAGAGGAAGAACAGAACCUGCCACAACAACCUCAAACCGUUCAGCCAAGCAAGGGGAUUGUGAUAGCAGUGCUCUCCACCAUGUUUGCCAUUACAACUAUCUUACUUUUAUAUGUGAAGUUCUGUCGAGUCAACAACCGUCAUCAACUUCUUACCCCAAACUCAAAUCUCCAAAACUUUCAGGGCCGAUCUCGAUCAAGUUCAAGACUUUCUGGUAUCGACAGAGAAGUAGUUAAAACCCUCCCUUUCUUCACGUUUUCAUCCCUGAAAGGAUUCAAAGAUGGCCUAGAAUGCACUGUUUGUCUCUCCAGAUUCGAGGACGCAGAGACUCUAAGACUGCUUCCGAAGUGCAUGCACGCUUUCCACAUGAAUUGCAUUGACAAGUGGUUUGAAAGCCACUCCACGUGUCCUCUCUGUAGACGCAGGGUUGAGGCAGGGGACAUCAAGAACCUCAACUACUCCCUAAGCUCAAGGUUCCUCCGGGUUCCAUCAAAUCUCACGGAGGAUCUGAACCUUGAAAUCUUCGUUCAGAGAGAGGCAUCUCAUCGAGGGUCAUCGACAAGAGGCUUCAAGGACGCUGGGAAGUGCAAGAAACAAGAACUGCUUCUUGGUGAUGGUAGUGGCACAAAGUGGGACAAACAUGUUCGUGUGACAAACCUUAAAAUAGUUAUCUCUGACGUUUUCACGAGGAGCAGGUGGAGUGAUCUUAACUCUUCGGACCUGUUGUCGUUGAACAGCGAGAUGCUUAAUGAUGUCAGCAGCAGGAGAUUCUGUUCCAGUUCUUUGGAAUCUACAGCAGACAGUGGGAAGGUUCAGGGAAGUUGGCGUUGUAAGGAGGAAGAAAAGUGGUUUACGGAAGUGAAUCCUGGUGAGAAGAGGUGCAUGUCUGAGAUUGCGAAUGUUCCGAGGUUUGCAGAAAUGGGGAAGGAGAAUAGGAUCGGAGAAAGUGUGAGAUCAAAUGAGAGAUUGGGGAGAGUUUGGCUGCCGAUUGCACGAAGAACUAUCCAAUGGAUUGCAAAACAAGAAAGGAAUCCGAGUGAAUUAGAACCAAAAACUCUAGCCUCAAAUGUUUGAUGUUGCUGCAGGAACACAAUUGUCGGCGUAAUGAAAUUUGUGUUUGAGAAAACGAAUAAUGGUUAUUUGACAUCACUAAAAAUUAAAUAACCGGUUUGAAAUGAACUAUAAGUUGGCUUUUUUUAUUA